AUGUCUACUGCCGGCGAAAAGGCGGAAACAAUGGAUUCGGCGAAUACCCCUUUUCCAACCACUGUCCUUCGCCGGAAAAGGAAGAGGCCAUUAACCAAUGAGAGGAAAGUGUACCCUACGCGGGAAAAGGGAACCACUGCCUUGGGUUUCAUUUUCAACAAUGAAGGGAUCAUGGUUGCCCUUGAUCAUCCAAGCCUAUCAUCUCGUGCAUAUCCAAACAAUUUUAAGGUGCUCCAUUCACACCUGGUUGUAGCUUUUUCUGGAGGGACGAAAGACUCGUGCAAAAUUCUGCUCGAAGAUCUGCCAAAUAUGUGCCUCGAGCUUGAAUACAAGAAGAAAAAAGUUUCUGCUGCUGAAGCGUCCAAGUGGCUGGCUGACUCUCUGUCUCGUAAACCUGACAGUGAUUGGGACAAAUCACUGGGAGUACUGAUCGCUGGGUGGGACAAGGAAUUGGGACCUGUUCUGUAUAAAGUGAACGGCAAGGGGACACUGCUUAAACAACCACCUGACCAACCAUGGGUUGGAACUGGAUCAGGGUCAGGUGCUCGUUCUAUAUUUCUUGACAGUCCCAUCCACAGCAUGUCCAAGGCUGAAGCUACGGAGUUAGCCAAAGAUGCACUUUGUUUGGGUGCAUAUUUUGCGCCGGAACGCAGUCGCCGUUUCAGUGUUUUCCACAUUGGAAGAGCCGGAUUUUCAGUGGAGGUCGAUGGUGAUGAUGUAGUGGAAUGGCAAAAGCGCCACUUCAACAAAACUGGGGAUGUGUGGGAAGAUCUGGGGCGCAUCAACAAAGAUCGUGAGCAAAGUCGCAGAAUGGUGAUUCGGGAGUGUGGCAAGAGCUCUCUGUAG